UUCCCAAAUCAGUAUUAGCAACUAGCAUCACCAUGGCGGAAAUAAAUUCCACACAGCUGGCUCGAAGGAAGUAUCUGACAAUGGCGGCUUCCUCGGAACUACUGGAACACGAUUUCGAUAGUGCCGACAAGGAAUGCGUCGAAUCCCUCACCGAAAUGAUGCAAUGUUUCAUAGUCGAGCUGGGUCAAACGGCACGCAACUACUGCGAAUUGGCGGGUCGAACUCAGCCGGUCAUCGGUGACGUCGUGAUCGGACUCAUCAACAUGGGCAUCACGAUCAAGGGACUCGAAAGCUACGGCAAACGUGAGGAACGUCAUAUUCUGCAACAGCCGCAGCAGGCUCAAUCGCAGAAGCAGCUCAGUAUUCUGCAGGCGGGGCAGAAGCAUUCCCAUCCGUCGCACAUUCCAAACCAUUUACCGGCACUGCCGGAUCCACACGCUUACAUCCGAACGCCGACCUACAAACAACCAGUCACCGAGUAUGAGGCUAUCCGAGAGAAGGCAGCCUCUCAGAAGCGUGACAUCGAGAAGGCUCUUACCAAGUUUCUUGCCAAAACGAGCGACGUUCACAGCCUUUUCGACAACGAAGAUAAUCCGAUGUUCCCGUUGAUUGCCUGCAAACCUUCGUUCCCGCCGUACCUCCAAGCGUUGAAUCCCACCGAUCAGAUUUUCGAUUUCGAGGAGUUGGAGUAUUACUACCAGGUGGCUAACCGGAAGGAGGAUCCAGCCGACACGAAGGACGGAGACGAUGACGACGAUGACGAGGAUGGCGAAGGCAAGAAGGAAGACGACGGCAAGGACAGUGAAUCGACUUCACCGGUGAAGGGAGAAUCGAGCAAUGGGGGAAAUGGGGCGGAGGGCAAAAUGGGACCACCGACGGUGACGGUGUCGACGGCAAGCGGAACGAUAACGACGGCGCAGAUCAAUUUGACCAACAACAGUCCAACGAUUGAUAAUCCCUACCUGCGGGCGGCGACGAUUCCGAGGAAGGUCAAAAGUGAAUCGGGACCGGGAAUGUUCUAGGUUUGUAUGAGGGAAUGAUUG